AUGGCAGUUUACAGUGGCAAGGUUCAGCGGGAGAAGAAAGCAGACAUUACUGUAAGCUACCAUUAUGAUAUCACUCCUAAAACGGAGAUUUUGACGGUUAGGUGUAAAAACUUUAAUAGCAAGCCAUGGAUUCUAGCAAGUUUGAGCAAUGGAAUGAAUACAGACGCUCGAUGGAAAUGUUUCAGUUUUCCAAAAGAGAAGAAUAUCUCGUCAAGGACUAUAGGUCGUCCCGACUACAACGAUAGUCAUUGGGCCCAGGCCGUCGCAGGGUUCUCAAACCGAGGAGAAAGUCCAUGGGGAAAGACCCUGGGCAUUAAAGAUGAAGCUCGUUGGAUAUCAACCGCUGAAGAUAACCCGAGGUUGCUUUGCAGGCGUAAUUUGUCUGAUGAAGCUUAUUUGCCUACAGACAUGAUGGAACAUACGUCAAAGGGUACGUCUGAAGGCUGA